AUGUCCAACGAUCGUAAGCAGCUUAGGGAGCUCCAUGGGAUAGGUAGUUCAAGUGCUCGAGGAACGAAGAGAGCUGCGGAACUACCCAACGCAUCACGACUGUACGACAUGGGGAAUAACACUCAGUGGAGUAGCAAACCUACUACGAUUCCGACGCCAGGCAGCCAAAGCGUGCGGAGACCUAACCAAGUGGCAACCCCAUACAGCGGUCGAAAUUUACGAGAUUCUAUAGGAUUGAGUGGAAACCCGAUUGCGCGCAAGACAGUAACAGAUACACCUCCACCAAAGAAACGGAAGGUUUCUGGGGGUGGAUUUGACGAAUCCGAGGUUAGCUCAAGAUUUUUUGCGAAGGGGAUGAAGAGUGGGGAAUCGUCGUCGUUUAAAGAGCCACGCGCGAUCACUUCCACUGUUCCAGCUGGUACAGGCUCAUUACGGAACGCUGCGGAAGUCUCUCGGUUGAGACUUGGCGAAUCAUCCUUCCGAAAUAAACCUGCCCCUCCGCUCUCUAUGAAGCCUACAUCGCCUUCACAAGAAAUCAUUUCUAUUGAUGAUUCUGAGUCGGAAAGGGACAUUCGGUCUGGUGUUCCGCGUUCGACGUCUUUCGUUCUGGAUAGUAGAGACGAGCUUGAUUUGAUUGGUGGCCCAUCAAGAUCCCCAGUACUGUCUCGUAAACCGACUAGCAAUGGAAAACUUUCUAACGGCAAGAUGGUCGAAGUACAAGAAGGAAGAUCAAGUAUUACGCCCUCGAGGAAGCAGACUCCGAUUGCGAGCAUCAACUCAUCCGCUUCUCGAGAACGAUCACGACGACUGGUUGAAGACGGGGAGAGCACGAAACGAUUGAAUGACAAACUUUCUGCUCGAUUACCUCAUGAGUCUCCUACUCCGCGUUCUGCUCAUAUUUAUCCAGAAUUAGUACCUGAUGACGAAGUGGUAGACGUAGAUGAGAUAGAGGAAAUCGAGGAUGCCGACGGAUUCCCCGAGACGCCAAGAGCAUUAUCAUCAAAGGAUCACAUAGAGGUUCAGAUGCGAAGCCGACAGGUUAAACGUGCACCGACACCCGGAUCUUCGUCGAUUAAACCGGGCACUGUAAAACAACGUGCGGAUGAAAUCGAGGAAAAGGGGAAGAAGGUGCUUAAACAUUACGCGGAUUUAACGUUGGCAGGCCCCCAGAAGAAGUCGGUCAUCGGUAACAUGAAAGGGAAAGAUAAAUCAACAAGCGUGACAAACCGAAGAAAGGCUUCCAGUAGCCGAACAAUCGGUCCCUCUUUCGACAGAUUAGCUACAGCGCAGACUAGUUAUACGCAAAAGCUCGCCCUUCCUCUAGAAAUUUGCGUUUGGGGCAAUCGACUGUAUCGAUUGGAUGAGGAACAGACAGAUCCGGAUUACUGGUUAUAUUGGAACAAGGAUGCUUCGGAGCUACAGUUGCAUAAACAUCCCGUGACUGAUAUUAACAAAAAGAAAGCUAUCCAUUCAAUCAAGUUCUCUUUACUUAAGGAAUGCUAUCCGACAAUCUCAAGCGAUCCUGACUUUCAUCUUGUGAGGUUUGAGUUUGACAAGGACUUUGAUCAAAGUGUCCCAGAGGACAUUGUGAACACUGGAUUUGCUUUCAAAUUCUUGAGUCGGCAUAGUAACAUGACGACGGACUGGGAUAGUUUGUUCUCUCGAAUAAAGGCUCAGGCGUAUGAAAAUGGGAGGGAACUGCGGCGUGUAGUUGGUGCUGGCACAAGGGCUUGCCUUGAAUCGGCGCUGCAGUCCGUUAGUAUUCCAGAACCUAAACCGCAAAAUAGAGGGAAGGAAACAAAGGAUACAAAUCGCAGUGCGCCUGCCGAGCUUAACGACGACGACGAUACAGAUGCUCCUGUAGUAGAAAAGAGGAAGCAACCACGUCCGCGACCUGCAAAUCGGAAAAACCAAAACAUCGACGAAAUGUUCACUGCUGCAGUUCCAACGCGCCGUUCUACUCGGUUAUCAUCAGAAGCUCGCAAACCAUAUAAUCAGGACAAGCAAGACAAGCAGGACGAGGAAGAGACCCCGCCCGCUAAUUUGGAGGAGAUUAUUCUUGUAUAUCCACCUUCGGGCCAAGGAGCUGUCAAUAUCACGAACGGCGAUCUCAGACGACUGCAGCCUUCCGAAUUUCUCAAUGACACGAUCAUUGAACUGGGUCUCAAAUUCUGGCUUAAUAAUCUUCGUGCCGAACAACCUGAACUUGCGGACGAGAUUCAUGUCUUCAGCUCAUUCUUCUUCAAAAAGCUGGCUAGCAGGGCUAACAAGACACCGGAAGAUGGGCACAAGAGCGUUCGCAAAUGGACCGCGAAGGUAGAUAUCUUCAAGAAGAAAUACAUUAUCGUCCCGAUCAACGAGAAUAUUCACUGGUACUUAGCUAUUAUAUACAAUCCCGAACAUAUUCUCGAUCCUCCAUUACCCAAGCCAACACCACGGACAUCAAAGCGAGUCAGCGAUGCAGCGUCGCGAGUGGUGACUCGAUCAUUGAGAAAAGAUAAGUCAGACGUUGCCAUCAACGCAAACACGUCAGGCUCUGUGUCGCGGGAGGGUACAGUCGAAAAUAGGGAUGAUACAUCUGCUACCUGGGAGAACAAUUCAGAUGCUGCAGAAGUUGAGAAGGAACUCAUGAACGACACAGAUGGUAACGUUGUACAGGACUUACGAAGAUGUUCGCUUGAUGAGUCACACUUUCCGGCUGAACGCUCAAUGCAACGGAAUGGAGAUGACGUCUCUACAGGGUCAUUAUCCAUUGUCGAGGAUGAAGUGGAACGUCCCGAGUCCGCUAGGAAAGCAGUGAAGCCUGACCCGGUUGUCGUGGAAGACUCCCUUUCAGAAGGGUCGGACGGUAUAGAAGUCGACCAGUUGGAUGAGGAUGACGUCCCAACGACGUCGCAGGCGGUGAAUAGCACUGUAACAACUCCACCGUCGACUUUGACCGAUGUCAAGAUGGACCUCUCGUCCCCUGAACCUGAUCCGAACGUACUAUCUCCAAUGGAUGUCGACGAUCGUUCAAACGAGGCUGCUAAGGAUUCUCCUGAAAGUAGCAUGUCUGUUGAUGAUCUCAGUGAACGAGAUAAUCAGGCGUCUCGUGCUAGCUCUGCUUCGAAAACGCCGGGUGAAACGACUCAAACCACUGGAGCGGUUCCCUCGACGAGUUUUUACGGUGGUGCCUCCCAGCGAACGGGGAUUUAUCAAAGGGGGAAACGGACUUUGUUCAAUGGAAACAAAGAUCAGAGUAAUCCAGCAAGCGACGUAGACGAACUCGACGUGCUUGGGCACCGAGAAGUGGAUCGCGGAAGCUCUGAAGAACUGGAGGUGACACAGCGAUCACGGACGAUCAUAUUUUGCAUGGACUCUCUCGGAAGUGCCCAUCCUCGUGCAUUGAGCCGGUUAAACGAGUACCUUCAAGAAGAAGCAAAGGAUAAGAAGGGUAUACAGAACCCAAGUACUGCUUUGACGAAGAAGGCUUUAGUCCCUGUUCAGCCGAACUUCUGCGAUUGUGGAUUGUAUCUGUUGCAUUUUGCGCAGACGUUCAUGACGGAUCCGAAGAAAUACAAAGAAGUCAUUUUCGCAUCCAAGAAAAUGACCGGAAAGGAGCGGAACGAGCUCUGGCAUAACGAUCGAGUAGCUACGAUGCGCGAACGGAUGAAAGAUCGUAUCCUCACCGAGUCCGAAACGUGGAAGAAGCUCAAGGCAGAGAAAGAACUAAAGCAAAAGAGCUUGGAGAAUAAAGACAAAGACGUCGUUUCUAAUGGGGACAACACCAACAUCACUGGGCAGGCGAGUGCAAAUCAGACAGAGCAAUCUGACGAUGAGAUUGAGGUGUCUGAGGUGAGACAUGUUGGUCCGUCGCCAUCACCGAAGAAACAGCCUACUGCCAGAGCUGGAAAGGCACCCUCGAAUCCUGCUACUCGUCUCCGCUAAUCCUGCUUCCGUCAACGCCCAACUUUUCCUUUGUUCAUUCUCCUUUUGUAAUCUUUGUAAUGGUAAUAGUAUCUGACACAUCGAUGCUGUCAUACUAUUGACAAUGAUUUCUGUCAAGCACG